AUGGCGGAAAUUACGAAGAUCGAUAAGCUAAAUGGCAAGAAUUAUCAGUCUUGGAAAUACAAUGUCAAGCUAGUUCUUAUGGAACGUGGCCUUUGGGGCUUUACACAAGAAGGCAAAGAAAUACCUCCUGACGAAGAUGCGACAAAUGCUGUAAAGAAUGCUUUCCAGUUGCGAUCAGAUAAAGCCUACUCUCUGAUUGCCUUAAACGUCGAGAAACACUUGCAAAUACACAUUUCGAGUACGACAGAUCCUUUAGCAGCAUGGACGAACUUGAAAAAACAAUUUGAGUUUGUAUCUGUUACCCAAGUCGUGCGUUUGAAUCGUAAAUUCUACGCAGCCACCAUGGAAGAAGGUGGAGAUCUUAUGAAACACCUGACCUAUAUGACAUCAUUGGCAGAACAACUGCGUGAAAUGGAAGAAGAUAUAUCAUCAAAGAAAUUCGCUACUGUGGUGCUAGGGAGUUUACCCGAAUCGUAUGAUAAUCUCCUCACAAGUUUGAAUGCGAGAAAAGCUGAAGAGUUGGAAUGGGACAAUAUAAAGGGAUUGUUAAUAGAAGAGUAUUUGAAGAGAAAGGAAAAAUUUGAGAAUAACAAGAGUGACAAUGCAUUGCUUACAAACAGGAAGUCAUACAUGAGCAGAGGAAGAAAUUAUGAUCGAAGAAGACAUGGUGAACAUUCUAGAAAUUGGACUCCUGUAGACUACAAGCCAUCAUGGAACACCAAUAAAG